AUGAAGACGGUUGGUUCACGUGUAGAAAUCACGUGUCACAAAUAUUUCCAAGAAGUGUCAGGAAAGACGCAUUCGGUUUGUCAGAGUAAUGGGUCAUGGUCAUACUAUCUGAGUUGCAUUCCAAAUUUCAAAUACAUCGGUUGCUUUGAAGAUCGACCAGACAGGAUUCUAUACGAAAGAGUUAUAAGACCGCCAUUAUUGACAACAGACGUGUGUAUCAGAAUGUGUAUUGAAUAUGAUCAUGAAUAUUCAUUAACAGAGGCUGGCAAUGAGUGUUUCUGUGGUGACACGUUGAAAAACUACCCUCAACAACCGGAAAAUGAAUGCAACACGCCAUGUCAAGGGAAUCAAAGUGAAAUGUGUGGGGGUUUGUGGAGAGGUUCCCUGUACAGACAUGGUUAAUUUUAUCAUUUAAACAGACUAAAUAUUAAGUAAAUAAAACACUUUUAGAAUUUAUAUAAAUGAUAAUUGAUAUUGUUUUGAAGAAAACCUCAUGUACCCGUCCGUGUAUUAUUUCAGGUACGAACGGGCACCUGAAUAGAAUCACCGACGUUCCGUAAGCUAGCUUGAUAGUAAUUGAUAAUGACACAUGGUUAGGAUAAAAUAU